GCGACCUGAGAAGGAAGCGAGGGAGGGUGCUGAGCUUUGCGCUAAGGCUCCUGGUUCACCUUUGCAACAGAUACAGACACAGGAACCCCUACCCUGCCUUCUGUCCCCAGACACACGCCCACAGUCGCCUGCACUCCAGCCGGGUGCCGCACGGGGCGGCCUGGCAGCAGGUCCUCGCUGAAGGCGAUGCUUAGAGGGAUCCUAGCUCCUGCGCUGGGAAAGAGGGAGUAGGACCGAGCAGGAAAGCAAGGAGGCUGCCGGUUAGAGCCGCCGGGGCUGUGCUGCGGGAGGACCUCGCCUUUGCUCCACUGGACACCUGCUGCAGAAGCCCAGCCACCAUGAUCCGCACGGCCUCGUUAAUUCUGGGAGCUGCGAUCCUCUGCGCCCAGGGAGUCUUUGCCCGAAGGGUAGUCAGCGGUCAAAAGGUGUGUUUUGCUGAUGUGAAGCAUCCCUGCUACAAAAUGGCCUACUUCCAUGAACUGUCUAGCCGGGUGAGCUUCCAAGAAGCACGCCUGGCUUGUGAAAGUGAAGGAGGUGUCCUCCUCAGCCUGGAGAAUGAAGCUGAACAGAAGUUAAUAGAGAGCAUGUUGCAGAACCUCACAAAACCUGGAACAGGGAUUUCAGAUGGCGACUUCUGGAUAGGACUUUUGAGAAGUGGAGAUGGCCAAACAUCUGGUGCCUGCCCAGAUCUCUACCAAUGGUCUGAUGGAAGCAGCUCCCAGUUCCGGAACUGGUACACCGAUGAACCUUCUUGUGGAAGUGAAAAGUGUGUUGUCAUGUACCAUCAACCAACUGCCAAUCCUGGCCUCGGAGGUCCCUACCUUUACCAGUGGAAUGAUGAUAGGUGCAACAUGAAGCACAAUUACAUCUGCAAGUAUGAGCCAGAGAUUCACCCAACAGAGCCUGUUGAAAAGCCAUAUCUUACAAACGAACCUGCGGAUGCCCAUGAGAACGUGGUCGUUACUGAAGCAGGAAUAAUUCCCAAUCUAAUCUAUGUUAUUAUACCAACGAUCCCACUGCUCUUACUGAUCCUGGUUGCUUUCGGAACCUGCUGUUUCCAGAUGUUGCAUAAAAGUAAAGGAAGAACAAAGACAAGCCCUAACCAGUCUACACUGUGGAUUUCCAAAAGCACGAGAAAAGAAAGUGGCAUGGAAGUUUAAUAAUUCACUGACUUGGCUCCAGAGAACAAAAGUAGUUUUGUAAUUCUUGAUCUGUGUAAGGAAUGGCAUCCUUAGCUUGGAAUGGCUUGAAAUCUCAAAGGAUCUGCAAGAUGAGCUGUAAGCUCCCCCUUGAGGCGAAUCUCAAAAUAAUUUUUAUAUGUUCAUAGAUUCACUUACAAAAUAUGCUGAGUUAAUCAUGAGUGAGACCUGCUUACUCUGCUAAAGGAUACACACAGACUUCAUGUAAAUGAAACGGGCCAUGAAGACAAGAUUUCUGUGGACGCAUUUGGAAGCCCUAUGUUUGGAAUAGUUACUUUUGCCUUUUUUUUUUCACCUUCAUAACUUUUGUUCUACUUCAUGUAAUAUUAGUUGUAUUCAAAUUUACAGUG